AUGUAUAUUUUGCCGAAUUCCGCGAAACAAUUCAAUGAUCCAUGUUUUUGGAGAAAAUUUUUUGAAAAACAAAAACAACCAUUCGAAUGCUUUUUUCAGCUUUAUGAUGUUGGUUACCGGCAUAUAACGAGUAUCGAUACAGAUGAAAAAAUUAUAGAAAAACAACUGAACGAUAACAAUGGGAUUAGACCGGAACUGAAAUUUUUAUGUUGUUCAGCUAUGAAGGUUGAUAUUGAAACUGAAUGUAUUAAUGUUGUUCUGGAUAAGGGUACCCUGGACGCAUUAUUACCUCCUGAUUGCAGUGAAAUCGACAUUGCCGAAGUAGAAAGAAUGUUUACUGAAAUUGAUCGGAUUUUGAUUGUAGGUGGAAGAUAUCUAGUAGUUACGCUUGCCCAGUCACAUUUAUUGAAAAUUUUAUUAAAAAGUUUCGUCGCAAGAUCAAAUUAUCUUUUUCGCAUUCAGAAAGUUGAUGGUAUGAACAAAAAAUCGAAGUUACCCGUAUUUAUUAUUAUUAUUACAAAACUUCGAUCCCCAUUGUCAUCAAAUAUCUUUGAAUAUAUAAAAGCAGAUAGUGGAAAAGCUUGUCGUUUGUCCUCUUUGGAAGCCUUGCAAUCAGUUAUCAAUAGUGAACAAGAACUUGCAUUUUUCGAAUAUCUUUGCUCAAAGAAGCUCAGUGAAGAGGUAGCCAUAUUGAUUUAUAACGAUGCAGGCGAAGUUCGGUACCAAAUCAGCAUUGUUGAUAACCAAAAAAUUCAUUUUCCUUUGACUUAUGCCGUUUUUAUUGUUCCUAUUGGAAGAGAGCACGAAUGGUUAUUUGGGACCGAAAAAGGGCGAAUGGAUUUACGUGAAAAAUGUCUUACUGAUCGUCUCGCGGUCAUUUUUCUUUCACGUGAACAACAAUAUGAAGAUCUUGAAUUUAUCAAAAAAGAACUUGAUUCUUUUAUAUUGAAAUUUGCGCCGCCUAAACUUCGUCAUGGUCAUUCGAGAAUUAAUUAUUUGAGUAUCGGUGAGUAUGAUGUCAAAAAAACAGUAGCAAAAGGGAAUUCCUCGAUUAAUGGCACGUGGACUGUCGAAGACGUAGAAAUUAAUGGGUCUUUAUUCCGACAGCUAAUAUUUCUUUCUUCUCGUCAUCUUGUGCAAUCACAAGCGAGGCUUAUAAAAAGAAAAAAAAGUACGAUUGUUGACUUGGAUAAAUUGAUGUGCGAACACCAUAAUGCUAUGCUAAUUGCAUUUUUAUUUUUAUCUCGUCAGGUUUUGUGCAGCCCUCAAGAAGCAACUUUAAGAUGUUUCUGGCAAAAGAGCUUUAUAGAUCGAUCAGCUGAAUUAGAAAUGAUAUUGGAGAAAGAAGAUAGCUACUCGCAAAUUGUUCUUGGAUUGGGUGGUGGAUUAUUACCAUCGUUUCUUCUCAGGCAAUUCUUAAAGUCUUCAAUCAGCGUUGUCGAAAUCGAUCCGAGUGUUAAAGAUAUAGCUGAACAAUACUUUUCACUACCUGUCGAUAAUCCCAAUCUUUCUAUUAUUAUUGACGAUGCUUUAAAUUUCAUCUUUCAAGCUCAGAAUAAACUUUUGUACGAUGUGCUUUUUGUUGAUAUUGCUGGAAGUAUGAACGUUGAAGGAUUAAACUGCCCUCCUCCAUCAUUUAUCACUGCUGAAGUGUUAACCUCUAUGCAUAAUCUCUUAAAACCAAAUGGUGUGAUGGCUUUUAAUUUUGUAACUCGAGAUGAUGCUUAUGGCAACGAAAUUAUCGAAAAAAUCAAGUCUGUAUUCGGAAACGUUUAUAUAUAUUCGAGCAAUGAAGAUAUCAACAAAGUUCUAAUUUGCCCUAAAGAAAAUAUUGAUAUUGCGAGUGCUAACAAAAUCUCAAAGUCUUUACGCAGAGAAAAUGAUUGGCGUAGUAAUCUUGCUGAAGAGAUGUGUCAUCUGUCUAUUUAUUAA